AUGUCCGAAGAGUAUAUACAAGCAGAGAAUGCUGCAAAUGUUAUUGGUACGUCUAAGGUGAUAGAAAGUGAAUCAAAUAGUAUUGACGCUCCUGCGUCUGAGCGAAUUCAGGAAGAAACUAGGUCCAAUUCAAAUGCUGCAGAAAGUAGUGACGAUGACGAUGAUUUCGGGAAUUUUUCCGAUGCAUCUUUUGAAGAAGAUUCAAUGCCUAUUGAAAAGAAUACCAUCACUACAAGUGAAACUGACAACAAAACUUCGAUGUCAACCACUUUAGAUAACUCCGCAUUAUUCUCAACUAUUUUGGAUGAUUUAUUUCCAGAUGAAACCUCCAAAGCAACCUUGGCCAUAAACGAUCAACUCGAUAUGGAUUCGAUAAAAUUAUCAAAUUUGUUAGAAAAUGAACGACCUCAUGUUAUUUAUCAACAACUAGUAGAUUUAGAUACCAUAUUACAACCAAUAAUAUGGAAAAAAACACAUCUACGAUCCGAAUUAUUUCAUCUGUUGGGGAUCUCAGAUGAGGCUGAAAUGUUGAAAAAAAAUCAGGCUCGAGAGGAAAUAAAACCAUUAAAUGAUACAUUAUAUAAUAGUAUCAUGAAUGUAAUAAACUCGAAAAAUCCAAAUGCGAAAGGGACUUCUAGUCUAAUGUUGAAAGAUUUUUUUAAGCUAAAUUAUACGCCUUCAUUAAGGCAUGCCUCACUGGAAAAAGAAGAAAGAGAAGAAAUGGAGCAUAGAAUUCCAGAACUAAUCAAUAGAAAGACAAUGAAUAUCUCUAAUGAAACGGAUAUAAUUGGAUUACAAGAAUAUCAUGAUGAAUUGUGUAAUUCUAUUGACACCAUAGUUGAAAAGUUGAAAAGUUUGAAGCAAGAGCAAAAAAGUCUUGUGAAUGAUAAGACAACAUACGAAAAUGUAAUCACAAACCUAUCUGGUCAUACACAGAGAUUACAAAGGGACGAAAUUGAACUUUACAAUAGGAGGAAACAAAAGAAAAAGUUGUUCUCUUGGGUGGCCAGGUAA